AUGGCGGAAACAGCUGCGGCGCAUCCACCAAGCUCAGUCGAGCAACUUGUGCGCACCUCUGCGAAGCGCACGCGGGAGCUCUUUGCCGCCGAUUUCGCGUCGUCUGCGGCUCUUGAUCACGCUGCCAACCCUGCCUUCACCAUCACACCCUCCACCGCCUCGCCUUCUUCCACCGCAGACCAAGUCAACGUCGCAACCCGAAUACGCAAUGAAUACGAGCACGUGCGAGAGCUUCCCCCAGCUCUUGCGGCAAAGAUGGCAGCUGCGGCAACAACGGCAGCCGAGCGACGCAAGAAGAUCAAGAGUCAGAAUGCAGAGGAAAAGGCGUCUGACCCCAAGAUGCAGAAGAUAAUUGAAGGCGCAUCAGAAAAGGCCGACAAGGCGCGGGAUUCACAGUCGAUGCAAUUGGCAUUACGAGCUGGAGGCAAGGGCGCUGCGCCGAACGCAACAGGACCUACUCCAAUGAGGGACACGCCAUCCAGCGCACUCGUGCGGAAAGACACGGUCAGACAGGCCCGGCCAGAGUGGCAUAGACCUUGGAAGGUCUCUCGUGUCAUGGCUGGCCAUUUGGGCUGGGUACGCUCGCUCUGUGUCGACCCGGACAACCAAUUCUUCGUAUCCGGAGCCGGGGAUCGCACAAUCAAGCUCUGGAACUUGGCAACCGGAGAGCUCAAGAUCACGCUCACAGGACACAUAUCCUCUGUACGCGGCGUCGAGGUCUCGCCUCGCCAUCCAUAUCUCUUCAGUUGUGGAGAAGACAAGAUGGUCAAGUGCUGGGACCUGGAGACGAACAAGGUCAUCCGCCAUUAUCACGGGCAUUUGUCUGGUGUUUACAGCUUAUCGCUACAUCCCACACUUGACGUUCUUGUGACUGGAGGUCGAGAUGGUGUUGCAAGAGUCUGGGAUAUGAGAACUAGGACUAACGUGCACGUCCUGGGUGGACACAAAGGCACCAUUAGCAGCAUCAAGUGCCAGGAAGGCGAUCCUCAAGUCAUAACAGGAAGCAUGGACAGUAUAAAACAAUGGAUGUGCCCACGCGGCGACUUCAUGCUCAACUUCCAGCCGGUCAACAGUAUUAUCAACACGCUCUCUGUCAACGAAGACAAUGUCAUGUUUGCCGGAGGAGACGACGGCAGCGCAACCUUUUACGACUGGAAGACCGGGCAUCAAUUUGAAAACUCCGAAUCUGUAGUGCAGCCUGGCUCGCUCAGCGCAGAAGCAGGCAUUCUCACUUCGACUUUCGACCGAACCGGACUCAGGUUGAUCACAGGCCACAUCGACAAGACCAUUCGUGUUUGGAAGGAGGACGAGGACGCCACAGAGGAAACACAUCCAUUAGACUGGAAGCCGACACUUGGUCGACAGAAGUUUUAG